AUGCCCUCCGGACUCUUCAACUCAACUUACUACGGUAAAGACUACCGCGCCGGCGCCGCCUUGCUCCGCGCUCGGCGACCCUAUCUCGUGAGAAACGCAUUGACGGGUCUCGGUCUUUGUGGGUUUGUCGUCGGUGUUUAUGCAUUCACAAUCCGCGCAGUUGGUCAAGAAGAUUUCUCCGAUGUCGUCGUUCCCUCCACGCCCGCUGCGAGUCAACAGCAGAAAUAG